ACUCAAACCUGAUUUAAAUAGUCUGUCACUAACUAGUAAAAUAGUGCGAACGAAAGAGGAGAGGAGAGGAGGACAGCAUCUCCGGCCGAAGCAAUCAAUUACUUAAAUGGAAGAGGAGAGUCAAAUACCAAAGGGAAGAUAUGCUGCUGAUAUUUCAUCCAUAAAUGAAGCACAUGCCAGAAUAAAAUCAUUGAUUCUUAAGACCCCAGUUCUCUCCUCCACCUCUCUGAAUGCCAUAUCAGGAAGGCAGCUUUACUUUAAGUGUGAAAGCUUCCAAAAGGGUGGAGCUUUUAAAUUUAGAGGUGCAUGCAAUGCUGUUUUCUCUCUCAAUGAUGAAGAUGCGUCUAAAGGGGUUAUAACACACAGCAGUGGAAACCAUGCUGCUGCAUUGGCUCUGGCAGCAAAACUACGGGGGAUCCCUGCAUACAUUGUUAUUCCUAAAAAUGCGCCAACAUGUAAAAUUGAGAAUGUGAAGCGGUAUGGUGGUCAGGUUAUCUGGUCUGAGGCCAAUAUGCGAUCAAGAGAGGAAACUGCGAAUAAAGUGUGGCAAGAAACUGGUGCUAUUUUUAUACAUCCUUAUAAUGAUGGGCGCAUACUGAGUGGCCAGGGUACCAUAUCCUUGGAGCUUCUGGAACAAGCCCCUCAACUAGAUACACUUGUGGUACCAAUAAGUGGAGGUGGUUUGAUAUCAGGAGUAGCAUUGGCUGCCAAGUCUAUCAACCCGGCCAUUCGUAUUUUGGCUGCUGAACCUAAAGGGGCCGAUGACGCAGCACAAUCUAAAGCAGCUGGAAGGAUAAUAACAUUGCCCGAGACCAAUACUAUAGCUGACGGGCUACGAGCAUUUCUUGGAGAUUUCACAUGGCCUGUCGUACGAGAUCUUGUUGACGACAUAAUAACUGUGGAAGACAGUGAAAUUGUUAAAGCCAUGCAACUGUGUUAUGAAAUUCUUAAGAUUGUUGUAGAACCAAGUGGAGCAAUUGGCCUUGCAGCUGUUCUAUCCGAAUCUUUUCAGAAAAAUCCUGCUUGGAAAGAUUGCAAGCAUAUAGGAAUAGUAGUGUCAGGUGGAAAUGUUGAUAUGGCCGUGCUUUGGGAUUCUCUGAACAAAUGAAAUUGACUUUUCAUUUUGCUUAUGUGAAUUUUGAUUGCUCUUGAUGAAUGUUAUUUCAUUACUGAUGUAAUGAUUUUGUGUGGACAAGUUUAUCUCAAUGCUACUAGUUAACUUUUGGAUUGAA